GGGGGGGGGGGGGGGGGGGGGGGGGGGGGGGGGGGGGGGGGGGGGGGGGGGGGGGGGGGGGGGGGGGGGGGGGGGGGGGGGGGGGGGGGGGGGGGGGGGGGGGGGGGGGGGGGGGGGGGGGGGGGGGGGGGGGGGGGGGGGGGGGGGGGGGGGGGGGGGGGGGGUCGGGACCCGCCGCUGACACCCUGCGCCUCCUGA